UGGAAGUGCUAUGCCCACGGAAAUCUGCCGGGCGGUGGGAAUGCACGCCAUCUCGGACUUCCACCCGGCGCUGCCCGUGCGGCUGCUCCGCAAGGGGCCCGAGUACCUGCGGCGGCAGCUGGAAGCCGGCACCCCGGGCAGGAAAAGCGCUGUGGAGCGGCUGGCGGCUGAUAAGGCCAAGUACGUGAAAAGCCAGCAGGUAAUCGGCACCAAGCAGGAGCCCGUCGUCGCCCUCAGCUCCGUGUCGGGCAGCAGCGGCGGCAGCUGCUCCGUGGGGAGCGACCGCGGCGCGCGGGAGCGCGGCGGGAGCACGGGCGCCCCGGGGCCGGAGGCGGCCGCGACGCCGCGUGCCUGCCGCGGCCCCGUGUCCCGCGGGCCCCCCAUCGCCCGCCGCGGCACCCCCAGGAGGCAGGUGCGCCCCGAUUCCCUCGUCAUCUACCGCCAGAAAUGUGAGUUUGUGCGAGGCCAGAGCCAGGACAGCCCGCGAGGGAGCCUCGUGCGGAGGCUCUUCCAGGGGCCCCCAAAGGAGAAGCCGUUCGGCUCCGACGAGGUGCCCGGCACAAUCAUGGAGGUGGCCGGCAGUGAGGAGAGCAGGGCGCCCGUGCCCGCAGGCUGCGGCGCCCGGCAGCCCGGCAGCCCUGGCCUGGAACCAGCUGCCGUCCCCUCGAGCACCACCGGAGCACCGGGCCGGCGCCCGGCACCACGUGGACGACCCUCACGGCUGCCCCCCGCGCCCGAGGAGGGCACGCGGAGAGGCCUCCACCGCUCCCAGUCGGACAUCAGCUCCCGCUACUCCAAGUCCUUCUCCGAGUUGGACCCCUUUUUCACGUACUGCGGCCUGGACCCGGAGGUCAUCGAGGACCUCGGCAGGGAGAACUUCUCGGCGGCUUCCGACGGCGUCUCCUUCAAGGUGCGCAGCGUCAGCGUGGCGACGUCCGAGAGCGACUUCACGCGGCACAGCGGGGACGAGGGGCUGCUGGAGGACGAGCUCACGGAGCAGGUGCCCAGCAGCACGUCCAUCGUGGAGCGCAACGCUCGCAUCAUCAAGUGGCUGUACACCUGCAAGAAAGCCAAGGAGGCCAACGCGGCGCUGCGGGAGCUGGCGUGACGGCGCCGCCGAACCCCAGACUCCCUGACUUGGAAGAUGAACAUCACCAUCCACAGGAAGAAACUCUUCCCUCUUCUGGCUCAUGACGACUUUGUCCAAGAUUAGCAUUUUCUUAUUGCCUCCUUCCCUCUUCCCUGUGCCCAGGCAGCAUUACUCCUUGCCACAAGCAUGGGGAUGCUCAAGAGCACAACAAGAAGCAGAAGUUGGGAACUGUGCCACAGUGGGACAGCAGGAAAUGGAUGUUCCUGGAAAAGCGAAGCAUGACUGCAGCUACAGUAGACAGUGACAUGCAGCAGCAGAUUACCACUCCUGGGUUUUGGAUGUCCUGGGGGAAUGUGGCAGAAGGUUUGUGUUGUGUGCCCAUCUCCUUCCAGCCAAGCAUUUGUCAAUGGUGAUGGGAGGAGAAAGUGGGAAUGAGGUGUUAAUAACCCCUGGGUCAGGCACUCCCUUCGCUGGAGACAGGCUCCACUCGGCGCUGUCUUUCCAGGGCUGUUUAAACACUGCUCAGCCUGAUAUCAUUAGAUGCUGUUUGCCUGGCUGGCAAGGGCUAAUGUGGCAGUUUUAUCUGGGAUACUUGGCAAACAUGCUGGAAGCUGAAUCUCUGCAAGCCUCAGCUUCUCUAAAAGUGCCCAAGCUGAAUUAAAGUACCUUGUAUCCAUCUAGUCUACCCAGCCACACAGCUUGCUCAGCCAGUGAGAAAACAAAGCAUUAAAAUCCCUGCCCAAAAUUUGUUCAGGAGCAUGGUUCCAAGAAGCAAGUAGUCCAAAAUUGGAAAGGAUUUUAUAUGGAUAUUACAUUGCUCCAGAAUAGUAGAAUUUACAUUUAUGCAGACUUGGUUUGCAUUGUUUCUCUGAUGCUGCCAGAGUGAGUUUCAUUUCAGCAUUUGGAAGCCUGUGAUAUAAUACAUUUAAGUUUUUGCAGCACAAGUAAUGGGUUUAUGGAAUCCAUUAGCAAAUUGCAUCCCAGACAAUGUAAGGUUGCACUUCCCUGGCAUGAGUUUGGAGCAGCACUGUGCUGUCUGCACUGCAAGCAAUAAGACAUGCAAAACCAUGCCAGAAAUAAAAGUCUGGAUGGGGUAAGAUCCCAAGUGUAGACAGCAAUUUACUCAGUAUCAUCAAUAAAAUAGUAAUACUUAUUGGAAAUGGACAACCUAAAUGCAUUUUAAAAGCUGAAUAAAAGUACUUUGGAUCGUCAGUGCAGUGAAUAGAUCCUUUGCAAAUUUCUCGCAGAAUUUGCUGGCUAUGCCUUAGAUAUUUACCCCAAUCAGCCAUUGCUUACUAAAAGCUGCUUUACACUGAAGUAUUUAUUUGCAAAUAUUAUUACUAACCACAAGAAGAAGUUGAUUAGAAAGCCAAGUCUGUGAUAGCUGCCCUGAAGUCAAAGGAGUGACAACAACUCGAAUUUAGAGUGCUGCAGAGGUGAAAAGUUUACUUGGUGUUACCAUGGAUAUGGUGUCCUGUUUGCAGUGCUGGACCUUACCUGCCUGUCAGACCUGUACUGUAAUGGGUCCAGAAAAAUGAGAUUUCAUUCCCCACAUUCCACUCGGGUUGUACACAGCCAUGGCUGAGCUAGCAGUGCUUGCCAUGGUCUGACCCUGAACAGCUACCAGCACAUCGGGGUGGGAGCAGAGAUAAAAUAAGCACUAGAGAUGCAUUUUUAAGGGCUCGUUAUUCUUGAUAAAUAAGCCUGUGAAAGUGAGAAGGGCAGAAGUGAACCAUAACAACUCAGUAAAGCAUUCAUCAUAGGAAGAGCUAUUUUGUAUUUUAAAUUCUACAAACUGUGCGCUGACAGACUUGCCCUUUAAGUGCUUAUCUAAUGUUUUAGUUAACAUCACUUAAAUUCACAGCAAGGUUGCCUGCUUGAAUUUGCAUAAAUCUUCAAAGUGCUUUUUAGUUGCCGGAUAGUUAGUUCUCAAUUACAGUAACUGUUUGAGAAUGCAGGGCAUCUGUCUUUAUUGUUUUAGUGUUAUAUGCAAAGUCUACAUGCCUGAAGUUGUCUAGAUAGACAGAUAAUAUUUCCUGAUAAAGUAAUUGUUGAGUCUGCUUUUCACUAGCAGACAACUGAAUACUUUGCAUUUUGGAGCAUCUGCAAACUUAGAGGGAAGCUAGCACAUGCUAUUUUUAUUAAAUUUCUGUGUGUAUUUGUUACAUUAUUAUUGAAAAAUGGUUCUUGGAAAACUAUAUCUCAAAAUGCUGCUAAUAGGAUAGGAGUUAUGCACCUAAGGUGCAGUUUUUAAGUAACAGUCUAGAUUUAUUAGUCAGGAACAUAACCUGCUGUAUCUGCUCUUUUCAUACUCACUUUGCAAGAUACUGUACCAUAUAAUUAUUUAUAUGCUUUUGUCAAAAGCUAACAACUUCUCUUCCUGGAAAUUACAUAUGAAUGACUAACAGCUAGUAGACAGCUUAUAUGUCAGGAAAAGUCUUUUGCCUUACAAAUCAGUGCCCCAGCACAAUAGGAUUGUUCUGCUUCGUUUCCAGAGGAGAGUUUAAUUUCAAUUUCAUUUGUUUCCAUUUGUUUCCUGUUCAUUUUUGUUUGUUUGUUUGUUUUGUUUUGUUUUCUAUCAGAACUUAAGUUAAGCUGAUAGUACUAAGAAGAAAAAGGAAGCUGCAUUGGUAGUGAGUGUUAAACAUUAGGUAGGAAGGUGUUCAAUUUGUCUGAAAAUACGCAUCAUCGGGGAAGAUGUCAUCAAAAUCAGGGAAAUUUUUUUUGAUAGAGCUUAGUGAAAUCAAAAUUUGCCUCGUUCUGAUUUUUUUUAAUCCCACUUUCAUAAAUCUGACUUUAUGAACUGUUCAAUGGUGCUGUGGUGGCUUUUCACACUGAUAGUUGGCAAAAUUUACCUGUCUCUGGCUCCAAACUUCCCAAGGUAUUAUUUACUUCACGGAGCAUACGGACUUCUCUGAGAUCCUUCCCUGAUAAGCUAUUCAUUCCCUUCAUUUAAAAAUCUUCUGGAUAAGCUAAUACUUUCCCAAGUAUACCAGGAAGAGAGCAGCUGACAAUCCUUCUUUCUCCAUACAUCUUGACACUGGUUAUCUGCCGUGCUUGCUCCAAAGCAGUGGGAGCAGUGUACUUGCCUGAGGUCCUGUAACUUUCUUUCUUUCCUUCCUCUUUCUGGGUGUUUCAGUCAUGCCUCUCAAAAUGGAGAAAACAGAUGUUAAUCUUACCAAUAUUUGUCUUUAUUAUUAUUAUUAUUUCAUUAUAAAAGACUUGUGAUUCGGAAAGGGAUUUUUUCAGCGUCUGUGAUAAGCUGAAGGGGGCUGUUGGGGACUGAACAAAAGUUUUGCCAGUUGAGUCUUCUUGGAAACCUGAACUCAGGGCUGAGGGAGAAGACUGGAUGUUUUUGAUUAACCAGGCCUGUGUAGACUUAGUGAAACGGAGUGCAAGCGUGCGGGGCUCCCUGCUAUUUCUACCCCAGCGUUUCAAAGUGCAUGGUUUCCGUGACGGGGCCAAGGUCCGUGGCUCCAGCACAACAGAUGAAAGAUACAGAGGCUGGCUUUUUAUGGCCUGGAAGCUACUAUCUGCAAAAAAAAAGGCAUUGGAUGGAGACUGUAGCUCUUGUAAAUACAUUGUAAAUAUUUAUAUAUGUAUAGGACUCAAAAUAACAAAUAC